AUGGACAACAGCGCGUACGAGCAAGUCCCACACCCCGACGACCACGACGAUGUCCGGAGCCAGAGCCACAAUGUCGACCACGACCUCUCCGACGCAGAAACCUACUCCCACCUGACAACCUACCCCACCGAAGCCGACUACUACGCGCUCCUCGGUCUCGCGCGCGACCCUCCGCCCAGCGACGCUUCAAUUCGCUCCGCGUACCGAACACUCACGCUAAGCUUCCACCCAGACAAGCAACCGGCGGAGCUCCAGGAAGCGGCGAAGCGGCAUUUUGCGCAAAUACAGGAUGCGUACGAGACGCUGAUUGACCCCAAGAAGAGGAUUGUUUAUGAUGCGCUAGGGGCGGAGGGGGUACGGAGGGAGUGGGGGAAGGGAGGGGCGAUGGGAGUGGGUGGGGAGGGAGAGAAGAAGGAGGUCGGGGUCAGUGCGAUGAAACCGGAGGAGUUUCGGAGGUGGUUUUUUGGGACGAUGAAGAGGAGGGAGAGGGGGAUUGUCGAGGGGAUGGUUAGGAGUAAGGGUGUCCUAUUGCUUGGGGUUGAUGCUACGAAUACCAUUUCGGUCGACGAGGAGCUUGGAGAGGUAUAUCUGCACGUACCCCAUCCGAAGGUGUCGAACAUUGCGCUCCGAUAUGAGUUUGUGACGCCUUUUCCCACUUUCCGGGCUGUCUUUGGGGAGGAUGAGAAGGACGAUGAGGAUGGAACUGACCAGGAAGGCGAUGUGUCGACGCUACAAGAGGAUGAGGACUCCGAACUGACGAUUUCGGCGGGAGUCGCUGGCGGCUUCCAGCGCCUCUUCAACAAGGUUGAGUUAGAGUUUGAGGAUGGAGAGACGGAGACUCGAACUAUUCCCUUGCCCUUGACACUGGCUACGCAGAGUGUCAGCCUUGGUGCAAGCACAAGCCGCGUGUUCAAAGAGCAAACAGGCACGAAAGGCAUUCUAAACCGGUGGCCGCUUUCACUUCUUCAGAAUUCCGUUGCAACUGUGAGUGCCACACUUUUGCCAGCAGCAACGAUACAAAUGAGCGUUGCGAAGAGCUUCGCCUUAGCCCAAGGGACGAGACCAUUCACUGUUGUUUUUGACACUAUAUUCAGUCGCUCGAUCUUCAACGCGCUACCUACGAUCAAUCUUCAAUUGACCAGGCAAAUUGGGGAGCAAAAAAUUGCAUUCUGUCAUUGGUCGAGUGGAUUCAUCGGGUGGCCCGAGAUCAUUCAAACACUCUUUGCCCCAUACUUUGGCCAGGCCCCCGACGACAUCCUGUUCGAAGGCCAGGAAGUAAGCCAAUUUCAGUUCGGAAUUGCAUCACGACCCACCGUGACGGCGGCAGUACCUAGCUCAGAUGACGACGACGAUGUUUCACCCAAUGAGGAUCCCGCACAGGACGAGCAGGAAUCUUUACGUGCCAGGCAGCGCGAAGAAAACAGAAUCGCCGAAGCUUGGCAAAUUGCGGUCUCUUCUUCUCCGGUAGAGACCGGGGUGAUUCUCAAGUACUCGCGGAACAUUUUCUCUGGAAAGUCACCAUCCAAUGCCCUUUCCCGAUGGAGCUCGGAGAAACACUACUCAGUGCCACCGGAGAACGAACCUCGAUCCGUGCGACUGGAUAUCUCCUCUACCAUCAACACGGAUCUCUCACCUUCCUGGAAUAUACAUGGGUCCCGACAGGUUAGCGAAUUGACCCGCAUGGGUCUUGGCGUUGGAUUGCAGCCCAGGGGUCUGGUUAUGACAGUCUCAUGGAGCAGGCUCAGGCAGACAAUCAAGCUGCCUAUCGCCGUCUGUCCCAUGGACGCGGUCAAUCGAGACUCGGCAGCAUUGGCAGUUCUACUGCCAUUUCUGACAUACUGCGCGGUGGAGUUUGGAUUCAUCCGCCCAAGAGAACGACGUAACCGCCGCAAGAUGAUUGCGCGGCGACAGAAGCAGCUCAGGAAGUUGAUUCCUCAACGGAAAGCAGAGAGCGCACAAGCCAUCGAGCUUAUGGCUGAUCAAGUGCGGCGACGACAGGAGAAAGAAGCUGCUCGCGGUGGGUUGGUUAUCACCAAGGCCGAGUAUGGCCACUAUCCUAGCAGGUUGUGGACGAGGGGCGGGGAUGCAAGGGAACCUGAUGUCGCGGAUGUGACCAUCCCGGUGGCUGCGUUGGUCGAUCAUGGACAGCUUAUCAUUUCCAAGACGACGACAAAGAUCCAUAUUCUUGGUUUCCACGACCCGGCGCCUCUUCAGUCGAAGACCUUGAAGAUAUGGUACCAGUACCAUGGGAAAGAGCACUACGUUGAAGUCGACGAUGGAGAGGGCGUUUCUUGCCCUAUGAGGCUGCAUUUGCAAGCCGUUUGA